AUGAUCGCCACCAUCUUCUCCUGGAGGACGGGUCCCUCCCUCGCGCUCCUCCUCGGCCUGCUGCUAUGUGUCCUGCGAGAUACGGUCGCUGAGGAGGUCGCAUUUUACAAGUCGUCGCCCGGUCUUUCAUCCGACCUGACAUCUAUCCCCCCCCUACUCCAUAUCGAGCGAUCCGAACCAGACAAGCUUGCGCCGGGUUAUAUCUUUAUCACACCUUACGAAUCUCAGAACCCGGGACCUUAUAUCUACGAUAAUACAGGGGAAUUGGUAUGGAGUGGCUGGGGUGCUUCAGGACCGGGCAAUGCCCAUGGCAUGCAUGUGUGCAAGUAUAAGGGGGCCGACCAUCUGUGCUUUUUCCAGGGGAACCAACAAAAAGGAUACUGUCGCGGACAUGGAAUCAUCUUGGACAAUUCAUACCGCAUUGUGCGAUCGGUGCAGCCCGGCGGAGGCAUGGCAUCGAGCGAUAUGCACGAGUUCCUUCCGAUCAAUGACGGCAAGACCGCACUUAUGACUGUUUACCAGCAGCGCCAAUUCGAUAUGACCCCAUGGAACGUCAAGACCGGUGUGGGUUGGGUGAUGGAGAGUGUUUUCCAAGAAAUCGACGUGGAAACGAGCAAAGUGCUCUUUGAGUGGCGCUCUUUGGAUCAUGUCGACCCAUCCAUGAGUUAUACCUGGCCAUCACACACCGAUACCUCCGGCACCGGCUUGAAUGCGCGUGAACCAUGGGACUACUUCCAUAUCAACUCGGUUGAUAAGAACCGCGACGGCGACUAUCUUAUCUCCUCUCGACACACAUGCGCCAUCUACAAAAUCUCUGGCAAGGAUGGCUCCGUCAUCUGGCGACUGCACGGGGCGAAUCCGACCUUCCGCAAUAUCAACUUCAGUUUCUCACAGCAGCACGAUGCUCGGUGGUUGUUUGAGAAUGGCACCCACUCAGUGAUCUCUCUUUACAAUAAUGGGUAUAAUGGCUUUAAUCAGACACAUGCCUACUCGUCCGGCAUGAUUAUUAUCAUCAACCACCUGGACGACACGGCCACGCAGAUCCGUGACUACGCUCCUGCGAUCUCUGACUUGGCCAGCUCCAGCCAGGGUAAUGUGCAGGUCUUGCCGAACAAGAACGUCUUCAUCGGAUGGGGAAACAACCCGUUCGUGUCGGAGCACGAUGCAGCGGGUAACCUGGUGCUCUGGGCUAGAUUUGCUGAAGAUACCGUGAUGAACUACCGCGCGCAAAAGUUCGAGUGGGUGGGUAACCCUACCGACUCGCCCGCGCUCUGGUCUUAUUCUCGAACCCCGGAACCAUUCUCCCCGACGACCUUAUAUGUCAGUUGGAAUGGCGCCACACGUGUUAAGCGGUGGCGCUUUUUCGGCUCACACAACAUAACCGGCCCCUACUUUUUGCUGGACGAGGUUCCGAAGACCGGGUUUGAGACGGAAUACACCAAUGCCAGCUUCUAUCCCUGGACGCGGGCGGAAGCAAUUGCCGAGGGUGGAGUUGUGCUUGGCACAUCCGAGAUCAAAUAUACCUUCGUUCCGUCACCGGAACUUCGCGAGUUCUGCCUAGACGAGACCUGCCUGGACUCUCCGGGCUAUGGAUUCCCCGGUGAAGAUGCAGCUGAGCCGUUUAUUCCUCCGCCGGGCGUGAACACUGUGCCUUGGGUUGAUCCUGAUCAUGACGGUGCUGUCUGGCCGUAUCCUUCGGGCUUCCCCCACAGCAGCCCAGACGCAAGUCCAGGGUCAGGCCAUAUGGUCUAUCAAAGCCACCGGCAGUCUGGACGCCUACUCGCUUGGGGCGCUACCAUUGCAAUUCUCCUCCCUCUUCUUGCCGGUGUUUACUUUGGCUACCGAUAUCAUGUACGACGCCAACGGCUGGAUCCGUUGGAGGACGACCAAGAGUCGUCUGAGCCGCUGAACGGCAUGGCCGAGCGGAAAGCUCCACCAGCGCGGACGCCUGAUCUCCCCUGGUGGAAUUGGCGUCGGUGGACCACAGAGGAAGAGACUCGUUAUUUCCCGCUCGCGGAUCGCAGUUUGCCGGGACGCCAGCGGACAGAUUAA